UAGACCAAGUGCGGAAAAUUUGCAGUCUUCAAUGGUUUCCUCAAUGGCCACAUUUAGACUUCAUCUUUCUUUUCUUCUCCCAUUAUUGCUUAUUACUUCUCCCUCUUCAGCACAAUCCUUCGCUCUCCAAAACACGAGCAUGGCUUCACCAACCCAAAUCCUAGCCAUGCCUUUUCCUUCCACUUACCCAUUCAGAAACAUUAGCUUGGGUUCUUUUCUUUCUACAACCCCAACUGGUAGCAAUCAGAGUUACUGGCUUUGUCCUUCUGGUAACUUUGCUUUUGGGUUCUACCCUCUCAGUAAGCCUCAAAAUUUCAUGGUAGGAGUUUGGAUGCCCAGAACCCCUGAAAACACACUGAUUUGGACUGCAAAUCGAGAUGAUCCUCCUCUUCUCGAUGGAACCUCCAUCAUUCUAACCAGUAAUGGCAAACUUUUAGUGAGAAACCAAGGAAUCCAAGAAAGACCCAUCACAAACAAUUCAAUUUCAGCAACUUCAGCUGCCUUUUUCGAUGAUGGCAACUUUGUUCUUUACAGUGACACCAAGGUUAUAUGGCAGAGCUUUGACAUACCAACUGAUACUAUCAUGAGUGGCCAAAGGCUAUUAAAUGGCUAUGAGAUCCUCUCUUCUUCUUCUGAUACCACCUUCUCCUCUGGUAAAUUCAGGCUCAAAAUGCAAGACGAUGGUAAUCUUGUGCUUUACCCGAUGAACACCACAGAUAGAGGUUAUAAUUCUUACUGGUCCACUGCAACCUAUGGCCGAGGUAACAGUUUAACACUGAAUUUAAACUCAGACGGCCACUUAUAUCUCAUGAAUUCUUCUGGUUACUUUGUAAAGAACAUCACAGAAAGCAAAGAUUCAAGCUUUAUAUAUAGGAUGACAUUAAGUUCUGAGGGUAAGCUUGAAUUAUAUUCUCAUGGCCUUGAAAAAAAUGGUAGCCUGAAUUCCUCUGUCAUUUGGUCAGCUGUUGAAGGGUCUUGUGAUGUGAAGGGGAUAUGUGGGGAUAAUAGCUACUGUAUUUUGAAGGCUUUGAAAAAACCAAGUUGUCGAUGUGCUCCUGGGUUUAGUGCACCUGGCCCUGAGAGAACAUUUCUGGACUGUGCAAGGAGCUUCAAAGAUUGGGAAUGCGAAGAUCGAAAAUAUAAUUUCACCAUUGAUACUAUCGAAAAAGUAAUAUGGCAAGACCCUGAAUACACUGAUGAUAUUGUGACUGAAGAUGAUUGCAAAGAAACUUGUCUUGACGAUUGCACAUGCAUGGCUGCUUUCUUUGAUUAUCAAAAGUGUGCUAUAAUGAAAUCCCCUUUGAGAUAUGGAAAAAGAACUUCUAAUUCAGUGAAGGCUUUCUUCAGGGUUCCACACAAUGUCACCACUACUGGUUCAUCCAAUAUUUCGCCUCCUCAUUUAUCACGAAACCCAACUGGUUCGGUUAUAGAGAGGGGUUUACAUGGGUCUUUCAAUAAGUGGUUCCCCAUUAGCUUGGCUCUUGGAAGUGGACUUGUGUUAUCUUUAGCACUCUCUGGUUUUCUUGCCUACCGAUCAAGAAUGGGAUGGUAUUACAGGCUUUCGAGUAACCAUUCUCUUAAAAACCAAGUGAAUUUGAUAUCUUUUGCUUAUGGCCAGCUUUAUGAAGCCACCAGGGGCUUUGCAGAAGCACUAGGAAAAGGUUCAUUUGGGACAGUAUUCAAAGGGAUUUUAUGUAACGAUGCUGAAGUUGCAGUGAAGAAACUGGAGAAACUAGAAGAAGAAGGAGAGGAGGAGUUUCGAACCGAGGUGAAUGUAAUUGGUCGAACCCAUCACAAGAACCUGGUUCAAUUACUUGGUUUUUGUGAUGAGGGUUCUCACAGGCUCUUAGUCUAUGAGUUUAUGAGAAAUGGAUCUCUUGCAGAGCUCUUAUUCAACGAAGAAAACCGACCCAAUUGGGAGGACAGAGUGAAGAUGGCUCUCGACAUAGCUCGAGGACUCCUAUACUUGCACGAAGAGUGUGUGACCCAAAUUAUACAUUGUGAUAUAAAGCCUCAAAAUAUACUCUUGGAUGAGUUUCAUACGGCGAAGAUAUCAGAUUUUGGGUUGGCAAAGCUUUUGACGCCUGAUCAAACAAGGACCUUAACAGUUGCUCGAGGAACUAGAGGUUAUGAGGCCCCGGAAUGGCACAGGAAUGUUCCUGUCACAGCUAAGGUGGACGUGUAUAGCUACGGUGCAAUGCUGAUGGAGAUCAUUUGUUGCAGAAAGAGCUUGGUGGUCGAUGUCCCUGAAGAUGAGAUAAUACUCUCAGAAUGGGUUUACAAAUGCUUUCAAGAUGGUUGCUUGGAGAAACUGAUAACUCCUGAAGAAUUGGAGGUUAGAGAGGAGAAGCAGAGACUGGAAAGGAUGGUUCUGGUGGCGCUAUGGUGUAAACAGGAAGAGCCUACAUUGAGGCCAUCCAUGAAGACGGUGGUUUUAAUGUUGGAGGGCACAGUGGAGGUGCAAGUUCCUCCUCAUCCUUGCCCCCAUUCAGCCCAAUCUAUGAUCUCAUGAUUUUUAGGUGCAGAAGUGAAGGAUAAAAAUUUGAGGGAAAAGCACCACUAUCGUCCAUGGUACACAAUAAGGGUGUAUAUCGUAAGUUCGUAUUGAAGGGUGGAGAUCGACUGUAGUUAACUGUAAUAACGGAUGAGUUCCAUAUUAUUGAUAUCCACCAUUUGUCAAUGGAAUAGAUGGUAGAUGCUCUUGUGGUGGAUUUUCUAGUACUAGAAAAUGGAGUAUGGUAUGAUUCCUCAGAAUUCUAUGGUCUCUUUGUGAACUUCUCUCUUAAUGACUUUUGAG